CUCAUUACGCCUCUGUCUCAUUUUGUGAAGAAAUUCAAUACACCCAAAAACCCAAAUUUGGGGAAGAUGAGUUUUCUUAUUCAAUAAAACAAUUUCAAGAACUGUGAUUUUAAAUAGCUUGAUUGAUGGGUGGUAUUAUAUCCAAUAAACUUGAAUAAUAUAAGCUAUGAGAGGAGGCGUCUUUUCGGCGCCUGGUGAUUACAUCUACUUCAAGUCUCAAGUUCCUCUUCACAAGAUCCCUAUUGGGUCAAAGCAGUGGCGAUAUUAUGAUUUUGGCCCGAAAGUAGUUCCACCACUGAUUUGCCUUCCUGGCAUAGCUGGAACGGCUGAUGUCUAUUACAAACAGAUCAUGUCUUUAUCUAUGAAGGGCUACCGUGUAAUAUCUGUUGAUAUUCCAUGCACAUGGAACAACCACGAGUGGAUUCAAGCAUUUGAGAAGUUUUUAGAUGCUAUUGAUGUUCAUCAUAUUCAUCUCUAUGGAACAGCCCUUGGAGGCUUCUUAGCACAGCUUUUUGCUCAGCAUCGUCCCCGGCGUGUUAGGUCCUUGGUACUUUCAAAUACAUUUGUGGAGACCACUAGUUUCUCAGCUACAAUGCCAUGGGCUCCUAUUGUUGGUUGGGCUCCUUCUUUUAUACUGAAACGGCAUGUGCUAAGUGGAAUUCGUGAUAGUCCUCAGGAACCCUUUAUUGCAGACUCUGUAGAUUUUGUUGUUUCUCAGGUUGAGACACUCUCGAGAGAAGACUUGGCCUCCAGAUUGACAUUGACAGCUGAUGCUGCAUCAGUUGGACCCCUUCUUCUUCCAGAUUCUUCCAUCACCUUAAUCGAUACAAAUGACUAUUGUGCAACCCCUCAAUCGCUCAAAGAUCAAGUCUGUGAAAGGUACCCUGGCGCGAGACGGGCAUACUUGAAAAGUGGUGGUGAUUUUCCAUUUCUUUCACGGCCUGAUGAAGUGAAUCUUCAUCUUCAGCUACACUUGAGACGUGUUGGUGUUGAACCUCGACCUGACUUGAUCCCUAGCGUUCCAAAGGAUGGCAGCGGUGGGAGUUCCGCUGAGCCAAACAACGGAAGAGAAGAUGCUGAUGAUUCAUCAGAAAAUGAUAAAAGGGACGCGGAAACUCCUUCUACUGCAGGAAGUGCGGAUACUCCCUUGGCUCCAGAAGCUACCGGUUCUCAUGAUUUAGACAACCAACUCCUUAAAAUGGCCAAACUCUCCUAUGGCACUGGUGAAUCUGUCACACAUCCGUUACCAAAUGCAUUUUUCCGUGACAAGCAGAACUUACUAGUCUCUAGAGCUCUUGUAUACAUCACAUGUGAGUUUUUGAUUCUUAAUCUCCUGCCCGUUUACUUAGGGAACUGUACAUUAACUGGAAAUGUAGCUGCAAUGUAGACACUUGAUGGGAGAGAUUUUUUAUUCUUCGUUUUUUUGUGUAUAUUAUGGGUUGGAAAAGUGUCAUUUCAAAGAGACUCAAGUAUGUGUUGGAAAAUUUGUGGUGAGAUGACUUUGUUAUGUUGCAGUACAAAUCUUUCAGGGUCCCGGAAUGUUAGUUUCUCAUUAUGCUUC